AUGUCAAGAAAACCAUGCUGUAGCGGAGAAGGGUUGAAGAAAGGGGCAUGGACCGUCGAAGAGGACAAGAAACUCAUAGCUUAUAUCCAAGAAUACGGUGAAGGCGGGUGGCGUGACAUUCCCCCAAAAGCAGGGUUGAAACGGUGCGGAAAGAGUUGUAGACUGCGAUGGACCAAUUAUCUAAAACCCGACAUCAAGAGAGGAGAGUUUAGUCCAGAGGAGGAGCAAAUCAUCAUCAUGCUUCACGCUUCUCGUGGUAACAAGUGGUCGGCCAUAGCAAAACAUUUGCCAAGAAGAACAGACAACGAGAUCAAGAACUAUUGGAACACACAUCUCAAGAAACGCUUGAUCGAACAGGACGUCGAUCCCUUGACCCGCAAGCAACCGCGAUUGAGUUCGAUCUCUCCUCGGUCAAUGCCAAGUUCUUCCGAUUUCAACACCAAACCUGAGGUAUCAGAAGGUUACUUGAGCCGCAAGAAAGGUUCCUCGAGCUCGGAUUUCACAUCACGUCUGUUAAACAAAGUGGCAACUAGGGUUACAUCCAUGAGAGGGUUCUUGAAAGAUUCCCUCGAAGGUAGCUUAACCAAUCAUGCGACAUCAUCAAGCCUCCCUUAUGAACAUGAUCAUUAUCAGGACAUGGCCACCGAUGAUUUUCAUUUGCUCUCUCAAUCUUCAUUGUACCAUGAACUCGAGAAUGAACUACAGACCGUCGGCACAUCGUUCGAUUGCCAGGAAUGCGAAUUUUCGCAGUUUUAUAAUAGUUUCCAUCAGAACGAAGCUGAGAAUAAGAACAGCUUCGAGUACAGUAGCAACGACGAUCACAUGAUGUCCGAUAUCUCCCAAGAUGUUUCAACAGUGACAGUUUCCGAGGACAUGAUAUGUCGCAUGGACGAUUGGUGUGACAUGGAGGAUGUUUUGGAUCUCACAUGCAUGUCCAUAUGGUAAGAUUAGGGUUUAGGGUACUGUAUUUAAUGAAAGGGUUCUCUUAAUUAAUUAGAACCACUACUUCAUCGAAAUGUACAACUCUCUAUCGAAUCAAUUAGUAUUUGAUUCGUCGGGCCAUAUCCCCGCCGCGAUUAAUAAA